AUGGUUCUGCUGCAACCAAACAGUGACGUCCUGUCGGGUGACGCACUGUCCACAAGCACGGAAAUGGCCAGCGAGGGAACGCCACUGAAGGUGUCCGUGUCGCCGCCGUCGGUGACCGACACCACCACCACCACCGUUACGACAACGCCAAUCAGCAUUUCCACGACAACGACGACGACGGUGGGCCCGGCCGAUGACGUCACGGGCGCAACGGCGGCAAUGUUUGGCAGUGCUGGGCCGCUGUCACCGUAUCGACCGAGCCGGGUUACGCUCGGUUCCGUCUAUCCCUGCAUCACGUGUAACCUUUGCAAGGGCUACCUGAUCGAUGCAACCACGAUCGUCGAGUGUUUGCAUUCCUUUUGCCACAGCUGCAUUAUGAAACAUUUGCGCACGGAACAGUACUGCCCACAGUGCGAAAUGAUGAUCAACAAAGCGAAGCCCAAUAUCAAACCGGAUGCAACGCUGCAGGCGAUCGUGUACAAGCUGGUGCCGGGACUGUACGAAAAUGAGCUGCGCCGGCGGCGUGCCUUCUACCGGCUGCACCCGGAAAUGGCCGCCAUUGCAACACCGGAGCAACGGGGCGAGGACACCGAGUAUCUCAUCUUCAGCCCGAACGAGAAGAUCUCACUAUCGCUGGAGUACGCGGAAAAAGAGCUGGCGGAGGACAAUGAGGAGCUGCUGAAGGCAAAGUAUCUGCUCUGUCCGGCCAUCUUUUCGAUCGGGCUGCUCAAGAAGUUCAUCAUCUACAAGUACGGCAUCUCGGAACGUCAGUUUUGCGUCGAGAUUAUGUACAAGGUGAAGACGAUCAUCCUUCCCGACUACUACACGCUGAUGGACGUGGCCUAUAUUUACACCUGGAAGAGGGAUGCUCCCAUGAAGUAUUACUACCGCAUUCGUACGACCGAAUCGAACCCGGUCGAAUUGCCGGAGGUACCGCUGCGUCGGUCGCCCAGUCUUGUCAGCGCUGGAAAACAACGGACCACGACCGUAGACGACGAGGACGACAAGGAGAAUGUGCAUCUCGAGCGGCUAGUGUCGGAGGUGACGGCAAACGAGAGUGACAACAGCUCCAACAGCAGCUGCAGCAGUGACAAUCAUCAUCGUCGUUCGGAAAAUAUCACCAAAACGGUGGAGGAAUUGCCCAAGCCAAGGGCAGUUCCCGUAACGCAGACAUCGCCAUCGCCUGCUGGAUCUCCGGCCACUCCAACUCCAGCACGCAAGAACGAGUCGAUCAAGUUAAAAAUUGGGCUGAAUAAGAACAAGUAUGUGAGCUUCCUGCAGAGUCCACAACCGGAUGAAUCGUUGGGAAAUACGUACUCAACGCCCGGUGCCUCCGUCGAAGGCACGAAGUCCCACAAAUCGGAGAAAACAAAGCGCAAGCGGACUGAUGCGCUGGCUACGCUGCAGCAGAUUAAAGAAAACUCCCGCGAGCUCAAGAUUAAGUUCGAGAAGAUCAAGGAAAUGGGAUUGAUGAACAGCAAGCGCGAGGGCAAGAGUGCCAAGAAGCAGCAUCAGCAGCUGGCGGUAGUCCCUUAUAAGGUUGAGUUGAGUUCGAGCAUUACCGAGGGGUUGCCAGAGUCGGAGCGAGAUUCCAAGCGAUUGCAUUCUUCCAAGAACGGUUCUUCGGGUUCGUCCUCAUCGUCGUACCGCAAGCUGAAGAUAAAGUCACCGAAGAGUGGCAGUAGCAGCAGCAACAGCAGUAGCAACAACAGCAGCCCGGAGGACAGCAAACAUCAUCAUCCGAUUGUGUUGAAGAUCGAUCAGCGUAGUCCGGACAUGGCUACAUCGACUCUGAAGUUUGGUGUGCCGAGAAAAACCGAUAAAAGCAUGACACCAUCACCGCCACCACUGCCACCGUCUCCGCCAACGCCACCGCCAGCGAAGCGAAAGUUCGAGGACGAGAAGUCACAGUUCCUGAACUCGUUCGAUCUGACACCCAUCAAGGCGGAACAAGCUUCACCAACGAAGGGUGAAGCUAGCAAUUCACCCUCGCCAGUGGAAAUCGUAUCGUCAUCGAAGAAAUCUCCCACGUCCAGUGUGUCCCCUACUGCGUGUGUUGCCAGUACAGCGCCGACAGCAAACGCGACAACCACCCCCAAUGGAAACACUACGCAGGUGAAACGAAAGGCAAAGGAUUCGGCUGGUGGUGCAACCCGAUCCGGCUCUAAGAAGCCAAAGCUUUCCGAUGACGAGAUGAAGGCAAUCGUCGAGAAAACGGUGGCGGAAAACAUUCGCUCACCCUCGGAACAUAUCGUGCCACCGAUUUUUCUUAAACCAAAGGUUCCACCGGUGGUUCCAUCACCGGUCGCUUCAUCUCGCCAACUGUCACCACCGUUGCUACCAGCCCCCGGUAAGACGGACUCGCAUCUGACACCCCCAUCCAAGCGUGAUUCUCCGCGACCGUUCGUAUUCAAGACGCCACCUCCACCACCACCGAUCGUCUCGGCAAACAACAUUCCCGCGGUGAAGCCUUCGCAGCAGGUACUGCCAGCACCGAUUCCGCAGAAACCGGCCCCUCCGACUACCGCCAGACCGCCGUCCAGCACAUCGGCGGGGAAGGCUGCAACGACGAAGUCACCAUCUUCACAGUCGUCAGUUCCACAAGCGCCAGUUCGGAAGCCAACGACUCCAACCAAGCUGCCGACUUCAACACACGCUGCCGGUGCUACGAAUGCUUCUCCUCAGCAGCUCAGCAAUGGCUCUGCCAGUACUGUUCCUACUAAUGCGACUACUCAUAGUGUCGCUACCGGAGCUAGCAAGCUUCAAAAGCCACUGGAACUGAAGCGUGCCCAGAGCAACCCAUCGAUCAACAUCCUACCUCCGGUACCACAAACUCCUUCUGUUCCACGUGAUACCGAAAUCAGCAAACUUCGUCCGGAGGAUCUGAAGAAAAACGUCAAGAUCUAUGGACCUCCCACAUCGGUCGAACAACCAACCGUUCCAGCUAGAGCAACGGACGCCACUAACUUUGCGGUCCCAACCAAGCUCCCUCCAAAACCGACCACAACGCUCUCCGUCACAUCAUCGACGAAGACUUCUGGUACUUCUUCAACAGCAGGAGGUUCAUCGGGACAGGGUACAAAGGGACGGCCGCUAAACUACUUGAAUUACGCACUGUUAAACAGCAAGGCGGCUGCUGCUGGCUCUAGAACGCCGAUCCCAUCGUACUCCUCUAACUCGCCCAGCUACUCGCCCGACUCCCCGCAGUACAAUCCCAACCUUAACUUCUCCCCGAAGCAGUUCAAGUACGCUAAUCCGCUCGCGUACAACAGCCAUCUUCAGAACAUGCUGAACGACCGCAGGACGAACGGUGGUAGCACGUCACCACCAUCGGCUACUAUUGCCAUUCCCGCGUCAUCACCAUCUCCACCACAGGCGAAGGAUCAGACAGGUCCUUCCACCAGCAUCACCAUUUCAACCACCACCAACAAACGGCCUGCGUCAGCGCUCAGUCCCGAUGCGGACGAAAAGAAGCUCCAGCCACCGGAGAAACAAGCGCCCAAUCCGCCGAACCCGUUGGAUAAAUUCCCCUCGGGCAUACCGGACGGGCUGUCGGUGACACUAGCCACAGAAGAGGACGAUGCGGCACGGAUCAAGAAUGUGAACAAGCAGCUGAAGAACAACUUCAUCGAGAUCCGGGCACUGCCCGAAAUUCCAAUGACGGCGGAGAUGAAACUGCCAAUGAAUCCCAAUACCGGAUCGAAGCAAGAUCGUCGAACACCGCCAUCCUCCAAGGCUGGUACCGGUGCUUCGGGCAAUUUGCCCACCACAACCGUAUCGCAGAUGGCUCGCAAAUCGACACCACCCAUCAAUCCGACGUACAGUGUGGCCAACAGUGUCCCAGUGAAGACUUCACCCUCGGCCGCAUCCUCGAAUGGUGGCACUCCGGUGGACGCGAUUCAGCGCAAGAUCUACGACCUGAUCGAAAAGCAGAGCUCGUCCGAUAAGAUCAAGUCGUCGCAAACAAAACCCCCAACGUUGCCCCCAGUAUCACGGCCAAGCACCCCCAAGGGGUCUGCUUUUUCGGCCACCAACAACAACAAGCUCAAGAAUCCCAAUGCUACUGUGCACGAGAACGGUUUGCUGAAGUUGAACAACUAUCGCGAGGUGGAUCUGAUACCGAAAGGUGUCAGUCUUGGCACGGGUCCCAUCGCUCCAAAGCCAUUGAGUUCCUCCGUUUCACCUACGGGGGCUUCUCGAAUGAUGCCUCCACCUGCCGCACAACCCAAAUCAAUCGUUCCGAUCGCACCGAAACCGUCGCAGCAAUCUUUCGCCAACGGACGGAUGGCUAUGUCCCCGCCGAUCCAACGGUCACCGACAGCUGUUGGAGGUUAUCAUCAACCAAAGUCUAAGACACCCCCGUCCCAUCUGCCAUCGAUGGCCAGCAUGGGUCCUAUGUUCGCCGCAAUCGGUACGUCCGGUGGUACACCGUCGAAGAAGCCUCCGGUCGGUGCGUCUACCACACUCACAUCGGGCACUGUGCCGCGGCGUAAGAUUGUCCCGACGAACAAUUCGACAACAUUGGUGCCAUUGAAGUCCUCUUCGGUUUGCUCUCCAGCAUCGGCGAACGGUGGCGGAUCGAAGAUCAUGAGCAGUUCCUCCGACUUUAUCACUCUGCAUCCGCAGGGCCCGACAACAUCUUCAGCGCCAUCGUCUCGUUCACUGCCCUACACCAACCCCCAGCAGGCUGCUCUGUCGCAGAUGUUUAACAGCCAAUUCGCCCGCCAGUUUAUACUGAACUCCAUGUACAACCCGUACAGUUUGCACCAGUAUGCACAGCUGAGUAAUAGCGCGCACCUGAAUAUACCGAACGGGUCGGAUUCGGUUACAAUCACGGCCUCACCCAUGAACACGGCCCGUAACGCUGUGUCGCAGAAUACGCUCACCGUCACCGCUAUUCCAGCUGGCUCUACGGUGUCUAACGGCGGCCGAGGUGGCGGCCCGAACGGUGGCAAUGGUUCAGGAAACUCCGGCGGCGGAGGAGGUCCCUCUAGUAGGGGUUACGGGGGAGGUGGUCCCAAUCCGGCAUCACGCAACUCCUCCUGAGUAAUGCUGAUCGAGCUGUAGAGUGCUUGUUGACAGUGCCAGAAAGAGAUGGGGAAUGGUAGAAGCGUUUGGAAGAUCGCAUCUUGCAUUUCCUUUCGUUUUCGCACGGUCCAAAGAACAAGCUUUACAGCCAUAGUUUUUAAAGGCAUAUAAUUGCAACAAACGCUUUGCAAAAGGAAUAAUCGAUUUCAUGAGACUGAAAAACAAACGAAACAAAAAUGAAAGCAAGGUUGAAAGAAGACACAACACACACCAUUUUAAAGCUAGACGACAAGAAAAGAUGUGAAAAGCGAAGGUGAAGUGAGUGUGAGAAGUUUCAAAUUCCAGUGUGUUGUAUGAAAGGCAGAGGUUAGAAAUAAGCUAAAUGUAAUAGACUAGUUGUCGUUGUUAAAUGUUACACAGUGAAUGUUUAUUAGUUUACAGUUGCUCCUAGAGUUGUCACAACUGUAUAGUGUCACCCAACAAAGAGCAUACACACCCCACCUACCUGUCGCAAAAUACUAUUACGAACGCUGCUUUUGCAUUGCGCUAUGGUCUCGUUUUUUUAAAGAAUGAAAGCAGAAAGGGUUUUAUUUUGCUAUGUAAAUAGUAAAAAAUGGCUUUAGAUAAGAGCACAACAGCAGCAAUGAAUCAUCAAUCGUAUUGCCUUUGAAUGAGUAAACUAACCUCUUUCUGCGACAGUAGGUCGUCGCCAUAUAAGAACAUUGCUUUUGAUGUGAAGAUGUAAACUCUUUCUCUUGUUUUCGAGACACUUUUGCCAGUGCGAUCGAUGAUAUAUUAUACUAUCUUUACCCAGCUGUUACUGUGUGUACCGUUUCUGUUUUGUUGUGUUCCGUAAAUUUUAUCCCUUUUGCAAACCUUGUGUGUAUAUAUGCGUGUUUGGGUUUUGUAUGUUUGUAAAGCGAAUUUUCAGUGGAAAUUGCAGCUACAACUACAAAAGGGAAGGACUGCACAUGCAGCUCUCUACCACAAACAUAUAAUCAUAUCUCUUGAACUUUUAAAUUUAUAGAACCUAACGGCUAGGUUAAUGGGCAAAGGCUGAAAACUGUAGAAGCAAUAAGAAAACAGAACUAUAACAGGAGAGCAGAAGAAUUGUAAAAACAAAUAGAAAUCAGAAAAGAGAAUGAAACACUGUGCGAACAAAUGAAGAAAAGGGAGAAACAAAUGAACUGAAAAUUGUUCACAUGAAAACAACGAUUGAACUAUAAAGUGCGCGCGGUAGAGAAAAGGAACUUAUCCUUCAUCUGAAGGACACGAGUUAGCGAAUAGCAGCAAAACAACAAUCAAAACAAGCUUGCUGAUUACCCGGGGUAAGGUAAGCUGCAAACUUUUGUUUUUUCGUUAUUAUUUUUCCAUUAUGUUACUUCCAUUUUCGCUUCUUUUUUUAUAUUUCCAUAUUUAUUAUUCAACUUAUAAUUGUUCACUCUUGAAAUGUAUGAAUUAUGUAUGAAAUUGUGAGAGGAAUGAAUAUGAAAUACCCUUAAGUCGUUAUUAUGAUCGAUUGAUUUGCAUAUUCUUUUGUUUUUUUUUCGUUCUUGUUUUAAUAAUAUAAAAUGUAAAUGCAUAUUUCCGUCUGAUGAUGAUGGACUCAUUAUUUAUCUUACUAUCCUGCAGCCAUUAUGGAGACAUGAGCGUGGUACACCCCGAAUUCAUGUGUCGAUAAAGUACACCGUGACUAAUCGGCGAGUCAUUUUAAGCUAGAUGAUAGCAAACAACUUUUAGUCGUUUGUAUGUGAAACAAAUGUUUAGAGUAAGCAAUAAUUGUUAUAGAAUGUAGAAAGGGAGUGAAUCAGAAUCCCCGAUUCACAGUGUCCAGUCCGAUACGGACCUGAGCGAUUUCUCUGUAUACUAUUACCGAUUUAAGACACGGCAUCCGUAUGUCUCUCUUUAGUGUGUGUGUGUCUAGCAUAGCCAUUUGAAACGAAAAAAAGAAGCACCACCACCCCUGAUCCCAUGUGUCGUGCCGGACCUAUUUAUGAUAAGCUGUACAAAUUUUGUAAAUAAAUCACACCUCUUCUCUCUCUCCCCCCGUUGAACAACGGCCACGGCGAGAAGAGGAUGAUGUGUACCGGUACCGAAGCGAACCUUUUUGUACGCGCUCUCGAGUCAGAUAAAAUAAA